CAGUCGAAUUCGAACGGCGGCGUAUAGAAACAGCUCCUCAGAAAUCCGCAUUUUAGGAGCACUCGAACGAACGAACUAGGGAAUUUUAGAAGAUUUAAUGAAUAAUAAUAGAAUUAAAGUCAAUUGUAACAAAAGCCAAUUUAAUCACACCAGUUAUUUUCGGCAAUUUUUCAAGUGUUAAAAGAAAAGUCAGAUGAAAAACUACGACGGCCAUAUUGCCUUGUUCCGAGAAAUUGAAAAAUUCAGUAACGCAACUUGCGAAAAUCGAAUGACGUAAUAGUACUUUUUAAAAAUCAAUUGGAUUUCAUGCGGAAAUAACAAGUCAAAUAGAAUAACAGUGAAAGUCGAUAGGACGAGAAAAGAUCGUACAUCGUAACCAUUCGGAACAUCACAAACAGGACAUUAACAUACUUUGGAAGUAAAGCAAUUUGCCAAACGGGAUUCGAUUCUUGAAUUAUUAUGGUUAAUACGAAGGGAAAUAAUCAAAAACUGGGCAACGAAAUAUUUAUAAUUAAUAAAUAUAAUAGAGAUCUUAAUCAAAAUAAACUUAACGAAAAUAUUUCGGAGUGUGAUGAAGUAGAUGAACCAUUGUCGGAUGCAGAUGCUAAUUUCUUCUAUAGAAGUUAUCGUUGCAGCAACAUUGGGAACUGGCCGCGCUUCUACUUUUCGCGACUUCAUCCACCUGAAAUUUGACCGAGCAACUUAGAGGCUGCAAAACAGCGAAUAUAUUUGCGAACUAUUAUAAUUUUCACAAUAUGUGAGACAAGUUUGAUGAUUACGGGACAGACAAUAUAAAACCUGAAAGCCUAAACAAACGAACGAAUAAAAAAUUGAGAUUAAAUUCGACGCGUUUCUAGCGACAUAGGAACAGUAAUGUUUCUCAAAUAAUAUAUUGUAAAUAAUUGUUUUUCGAAAAGCUUUAGAGCCCUUUUCCAAACCUGUAGACUAUUGUGAUCUUGUGAUAUACACUACAAAUUUUAAUAAGCAUAUAUUUAAGGUUCCGAAUAAUUUGUAAAACGCGCGAAAGUUUGGCCAGAUUUUAUUUUGACUAAAAACGGCAUUCGUUUGGCCGUGCAGCAGUGGAGUUGGUUACAAGAGUAUUUUCUAAAAAUAUUAGCUUUUUACUUCGUGGGGAAAACGUGGGGCAGGUGUGGAAAGAGCGUGGAGAAAAAUCAAAGUUUUAAAAUAGACUCGAACCAGAAAUUGCCGUCCGGCGAAAAAUUGGAAGAUGGACGCCUGUGAGAUUGCUAACUUUCUAGCCAAUGAGCUUUUCAUGCAACAGCUUGUAUCGAUGGACGGUAUCCAAAGCGGUGUACCAACACUGACGACAUCAACAUUGACGCCAACCACUUUGCGCAAUAUUGAACAAACAUUCAUUGAACUAACAACUGAUCCACCAACACCAAUGCCAUAUUUAGCUGGUUUCGUACCACCCAUCGUGCCAAGUAACUUCCAGGAUAGUCAUGACAACAAUAGUAUGGGAUCAUCGGAGUCUCUAUCGCAAUCCUCGUGGCAAACGCCACUAUCUCAUGAAGAAAAUUCAACUACCGCAACAGAUAAUUCGAACACUGCUACAAUAUUGACAACAAACAUCAGCGCGGGGCUUCCGACGACAACAAAGGGCAUGUCCAUGAUACCAGCAGGAUCAACAGCUACUGGAACGAGUGGAACGCGUAAAAAUCUUGGUGGUCGUCGUCCUACUAAAUCCACCAACCUGUCACCGGAGGAAGAAGAGAAACGUAAAAUUCGUCGGGAGCGCAACAAGCUAGCAGCGGCCAGAUGUCGGAAGCGGCGAGUUGAUUUGACGAAUGAGUUGAUGUCAAAAGUUGCUGAACUUGAACAAGAGAAACAAGGACUUCAAAAGACUAUCGAAGAACUGCGAUUUGUGAAGGAAGAAAUCCAAAUGUGCCUGGAAGCGCAUCGUUCUGAGUGUCGUCGUAACAAAGACAUGUUGGGCCGCGCAUCGCCACUUGAUAUCAAGCCAGAUGUGUUAUCUAGUGCUUUCGACUUAAAGCUCAUUAAAGAUGAACCGCUAGAUCCAAUCGAUUCGUUAGACGGUCCACCAUCUCCGAAGCGUAUGAUGCUUACGUCGAACAACCCCAUUAUGAUGGCUCCUUUACCAAAUGUCUCAACUAUAGCUGCAACAAUAGCUUCGAAUACCUCGAUUCUCAACACUCCCACCACAAUCGCCCCGCCAUUAGCGAUGCAACCGACAGCGAAGCCGAAUAGACCUAGCUCAUUAAACGUACCGCCCACCUUAACUCCUUCGCAAACAUUCGGCUUAAACCGUAACGUGACCGACAUUGCAGGGGUUCCCAUAACAACACCUUCCAAUGGUACGUUCAACUUCGACAGCCUGAUGGACGGUGGUACUGGUUUGACUCCAGUAUCGAACCUCCCCUUGAUGCCAACCUGCUCAUCACAGAAUAAUCAUCCACUUGAACUUAAGACGCCCACUAGUGAACCAUCUAAGUUAGUUAGUUUAUAACAUGAUGCGGAGAGUCAGUGAACCUAUUUGGUUCACCUGAAAGCGAUUGAAAGUUAGUAAACACCACUGUGAAGUGAGGAGAACCAAUAUUUCAAUCUGUAUCCUUCCGCUUAUGCAAUAUCGGUAUUCCCGCCUACGUAUUGUGACCCUCCCCUCGAAAGGGGCUAGUCAAGUAAAUGGGUCCUUUGUAAGGCACAUUUUUUAUUAUUAUUUUAAUGAAUUUUUGUAUUUUUCAUACUUUUAUUAUACACAUAAUGUUUUAUUGAAUUGUAUAAAAUGCGUUUUAUUAAUGAAGCAAUGUAUGAUUAUUUUAUGCGAGCAACAUGGGAAUAGAACUUCUGGAGCUGUUUGUUAAGAAGGCGUUGUGAUAUUAAAAUUUAGAUGAGAGAACGAGAAUUGAAACAUUAUUUUGAUAUAACGAUAUAUAAAUCAUAGAAAUGUAUAAUUUUUAGACUUUGGAUUCUUUGUUUAUUAAUUUUUGUACAGUCCUUCCUUUGUCCCUACUUUGACGGAAUUAUUGCCAGUAGGAAAGUUUUGUUUACAGCAAAAGCGAAUCAAUUUGUUACUUGUCGCGCUCGUUUUCUUUUUUCUACAUUAUACAAUAAAAAGUAUGUAUGUAUGCAAUAAAUAAAUUUUUGUCAUUGUUACAAAAAACUGAA